AGCAUUUGUGGCUGAGAUGGAGCUUAGAUUCCUGGAGGCAUGAAAGAUUAACUUGGCCAGGAGGUCAUGCUGAUCCGCAUCCUCCUGGCCAGCCUUGCGCUCCUUGCUGCCAUCUACUUCUUGAAGGCCGUUCUCUUGCAGUUGAGUGCUGAAGAUGUCGACGAGCCAGCGGAGCCCGUCGCCAGCAAUGCCACAGACUUGGAGAGGGCACAACAGGCCUUCAGGGUGGGCGAAGAUGCAAAGGCGCUGGCCACAUUGACAAGCUGCACACAGGACUCCGAGGCAUGCAAGACGCAGCUGGGGGAGAUGUACCUCGUUGGAGCCGGACUGCCUCGAAACCUCACAAAGGCAAAGGAGCUCUUCGAGGAUGCGGCGGAGAAGGGCGAUCCAGACGCGCAGUACAACCUGGCGAUCCUCCACGCCUCGCUGCCAGCCCGCAACGAAGACCUUCGACGGAACGAGGCACUUGCAGUGCUGCACCUCUAUGCAGCCUCUACUGCAGGUCAUCCAGGCGCUUUGAUGGCCAUGGGCUAUCGGCACCUUCAUGGCUAUGGAGUCCCUCAGGCUUGCACCACGGCCGCCUUGAACUACAUCGACGUGGCCAAGGGCAUUGCCAGCAUCUACAGCUCAGGCAUGCCACAGGCUGUGGAACUGGUGCGCCUGAAUCUGCCGCACAAAGAGAGGAAGGUCAUCAGCUCUUCGGAGCUGAAUCUUUUCGUCCAGAUUGCAACCAGCGGCGAUAGCACUGUGGCUGCCGCCAUUGGCAAGCGGUACCUCUUGGGCAUCGAAGGUUUCAAGCAAGACCUCCAGAAGGCAAAGCAGUACUUGAAGAUGGCUGCCAACCGGAAUCAUGCCGGUGCCGUGGCGCUGCUUGGCUACAUGUACUGCCUCGGCCUGGGCAUGCCCCAGAAUCUGGACACGGCCUAUGCCUACUUUGUCACUGCGGCCAAUCAGAACGAUCCUUUGGGCCACAACGGCCUCGGGUACAUCUACUUCCGCGGCACCAACGCACAGGCACGCAACUUGCGCUUGGCCUUCAAGCACUUCAACGAGUCCGCGUAUGGUGGUUCAUCUGACGGCAUGUUCAACCUGGCCAGCAUGUACCUCACCGGGUCCGGGGCUGAGCAGUCCUUCCAAAAGGCGGUGCUCUACUAUACCCAGGCCCUGGACCGUGGCCACACUCCAGCCGCGUACUCCUUGGCAGUGAUGCACCUCAACGGCAUCGGGACAGUGAGGGACUGCGACAUCGCUGUAAACCUUCUGAAGAAGGUGUGUGAGAGGGGAGAAUGGUUGUCCAGCAAGCUGGUGAGCGCCUAUGACUUUGGUGACAAAGAGCCUGACAAAGCUGCUUUGAUGUUCUUGAAGCUGGCGGAAGCUGGGCACGAAGUGUCGCAAAUGAACGUUGCGCAUCUUUUUGACCACGGGCACGCUAACUUGCUCUUGCCUGACGAGCCCGGUGAUAAGCCCCGAGCACGGGCAGAUGAUUACGAUGCCGAAGAUGCGCGAUAUCACGCCCGGAAUGUUGCUCAGCGUUUCUACGAGCUUUCUGCGGAGCAAGGAAGCGCCUCUUCAGAGCUUCGGCUGGGAGACUAUGCCUACUAUGGUUGGGGGAUGUCUUCCAGCUUCACCGAGACGCCCUUGCCAGAGACGCCCGUGCCAGAUGAUUGGCAAGACUUCCCCUUGCCAUCCAUCUACACCAAUGACAUAGUUGAGCUCUUUCCUCAAGAAGUCGACUACGAGGCUGCCUUGGCGAGGUAUCGCAAGACAGCAGACAUGACGGUGACGGGGGAAUGGAUGCAGAGCUUCGUUGCGCGUGCCUCCUUCAAUCUGGGCUUCAUGCACCAGUUCGGCAUCGGCAUUGGGCAGGACCUCAACAUGGCAAAGCAGCACUACUUCCGCUGUCGCGAAGUCGACCCCAUCGGAUUGCACGCACCUGUGACCAUUGCCUUGGCCACACUUGCAUGCCAUGUGCUUUACACGCGGUUGCCAAACGGAGACGAGCUGAUGGCUCGCCUGUCGGCCGACGUUCGAGUCCACGUGCUCCUGCUGCAUCUCAUCGCCGUGGUUGUCAUGGUGAUGCUGCAGUGCUACUUGUCGAGCAGAAGAAGAAGCGGGCCAAGGGUACGGGUGCGGCGGGAGGGCCGACCGCCAAGUCCGCGGAGUCCACGCCCUCGGCCAGGCAGCGCUGAGAGCCGGCGCGCCGGGAAUGUUGUGCUCGAUUGAGACAUAGCUUCUCGUUUCACUCCAAGGGGGUUGCUGUUUUGGGCACUGCGAUGAUUGUCUCAAGCCCAAAAUUCUUUAUGGCAGCCCAACUUGGCAGGGCGUAGGUUUAGGACGGACAGCGUGAAGAGACCACUUGGCCCAGGGUCCGUGUCUUGGGUC